UUUUCUAUAUUUGUAAGCUAUGGUGUUUCAAAAGAGUUAUUAGCUUUAUGAUGCAUCACAAAGAAGAGAAAUCCUUAAAGGUCGAAGAGGUGUCAAGAUUGGCUCUAAAGAUACUAUCAGCUAAAUUAAAGCAGAAUAAAUUGGAAAGCAGCUACCCUUUGGAUCACCAUGGAAAUGCAAAGCUGGAAAGGCAACUACUGAUGCAGAACCAGAUGAGAGAGAGACAAACAGCCAUGCAGAUUGCUUGGACACGGGAAUUUCUCAAAUAUUUUGGGACAUUUUUUGGACUUGCUGCUGCAGGUUUAACAGCUGGAGCAAUAAAAAAGAAGAACCCAGGAGUUUUACUGCCAAUAGUUCCCUUAAGCUUUAUAUUUGCCUAUCAAUAUGAUAUGGGCUAUGGGACACUGUUGCAAAGGAUAAAAGGUGAAGCAGAAAACAUACUGGACACACAGAGCACUUUGCUAGAAUUGCCGAAAGGACCGCUUACUUAUGAAGACCUGGAGAAAAUCAGAAGAUCUCAGAGCAAGUUCUUCAUAGAAAAAUAGGAAGAUGGUAUUAAAGUUUAAUAUCUGAAGUGUGAUUGUAAUACUGGCUUUGGACAUAAAUGAAUCAUUAAAAUUUUGAGAAAAUUAUGAGCUUUUAUAAAAUCAAAAUACAAUUCAUUUUUUUAAAUCAGUACUUUCUAAAGUGAUGAUUUUCAUAUUGUAUGUAUCUCUUGAAAAUAUCCAUUGUUGCUGUAGUAUAUUUUUCUUGUUUAGAAUUAAAUACUGAAUUUCCACUGUCUAUUUAGAGUCUGAAAAUAACUUUCACCUGCAGUAAAAAUGUCUGGUACUGACCAAACUCACUGUAAUCAACAAAGAUAAGUUAAUUGGUAGUUACAAAUUUGUAUAAAUAUGGUCAUAAUUUUCAAAUAUAUUUAAGGAUGCACAGCUCAAUUUGAAGUCAGGAAUAGUCAGUCAACUUCUUUGAAAAAUAAGACACUUUUUAUUUGCUGUUCUUUCAGCAGUAAACUCACCAUCUCUGCCUCAAAUUUUGGAAUAAACAGCUUUUAUCAGAAGUAGGUUCAGAAGUAAACACGUCACUUGCUAACUGUGUGUUUUACUCUUAGGAAAAAAUGUAUUAAAGUAUGAGCAGAGAUAAUUUCUCAAAAAGAGAAAACAAAUUAUGUAGCUAUUUCCUGAACCUUUUUCAUGCUUGCUUGACAUUCUGAAACUCAGGAUAAUUUGUUUACAUGAAAUCAGAGUUUCACUACUAAGAUGAAUAUUAACUUAGGCUAACAGCAAGCAAAAUUAUUAAUGUAUGUUUUUGUAACGGGUAGAUCGAAGGGGUCUUAAAAGUACUGAAAAACUGAUGGAUAUUUUGCAUGCCUUUACUCUAGCAUGGUAUAUCCUGAGAAUACAGUUUUAGUAUAUUUCAGUGUUCUGAUGUUACACUUGGCAAAAAAAUGCAUCUUUCUGUAUUGGAAAACUUGUUUAAAAACAGAUUAUUUUGUGUUUUGGAUGGAAACUCUUCUAGCAUUAGUCUAAUUGUUGAAUGAAAAACAAAUGCUCAAAAAGCAUCCAAUAAUGAGCUAAGCCUAAGUCUGUGUUGACAAUUUGUUGAGUUAAAAAUCAAAUUCCAGCUGGAGAUAAUGCCCCGAAUCUGUUUUUGAAGACUGCUUGACUAAAAUUAGAAUAUUGUUACAGUAAGACAGGUGAAUAGAUAAUAAAACAAACGCUUCUCAAUGUAGAAGAAAUUAAUAGCACAGUUUCCAUAGCUGUGUAAUAUUGAUUUCUGAAAGUGCAUUCACUUCUGCAUUCAAUCACUUCUGUAACUGGUUCUGUCACUUGCAUGUUAACGAUGUAUACAUUCUGUAACACAUCAAAUGUGAUGCAUUUUAAUGUGCAGAGUGAUAAAAUGGGUUAUAAUAGCUUGUUUGGUUAUAAUAGCUUGGUCUACACUUUGGCUGUUCAGGAUUUAAGGCAGUGAUUUUAAUUGUCUUGGAAAGCGUGCCUCAAUUCAGCCUAUGGUGCUGCCCAUGUUCUGUGGGCUCACAAAAUGCAGCCCAAGACCACCUCACAUUUUCUGCCUGUCCUAUAACAUAAUCCCUCACCACUUUCUGCUUAUAUUAUGUACUACUCUUAAGACAUAUGUAUCCCUGCUUACUUGUUUUGCUUUGAAUAACAGAUCAUCUACUACCUUUUCUCCAAGUUCUGAAGUCCACCUUGCUUUAAUUUUGAAGAACUUAAAAUAGCCUUUUAUGUUUUGAUCUCUGUCAUCUAUUGAUACUCUUUCUUCCAAGAAAGAAAAACAAUUAAACCAGCUUGUUUUGGUAUUUGUAUGUCUCCACCUGUGCCUUUUAAUCCACCUUCUAAUCCUAUGAAAGACAUUUUUACAAAGGAGCAGCUUUAAUAGUCCAUAUGGCAGUUUUACUUACAAAUCCUAGAAAAUUAGGAAAUACCCUAAUCCUAUCCACUGUGAAUAAGGAAUUAAUAUCUAUGUGUUUGUGAUAGAUUGCUGGCUAUGGUGUUGGAUCAGAAGACAGCGUUAAAGGAGGCAAGCAAACUCAGCAAAAUAGUGACCUAGAUAGCAGUUUUAGGAGAUAAUAGGAUAGCUAUUUAUUACUCCAUCCUAGCUAAAUUUGAAUUUGUUUUUCUCCCAAAGGUUAAACUUAGACCAAUAGUGUUAAUCCAUUGCAAGACUCCACACUAAAAAGUGACAGAAAUGGGGCAAGUUUAAUUCAAUGUUACACAGUGAAUAUGGGUGAAAGUUAGCAGAUUCAAAAGGGAAAAGCAACAGGCUUUAAGCAGGACAGUCUAAUGCCAAACCCAGAAAUGGAUCUAAAUGGGCUACAUAGAAUGUGCCAAAGAUCGUCAAGAAGUUAAGGGUUAAUCACCUUUACUGCCUUUAUUUUUUACUGUUAGUUUUGCUUUUUUCUUGACAAAUACAUGCUUUUGUUUUGAAGAUGCUUAUUCUUUGUUACUGGGUAGUUACUCUACUGCCAGUGUAUUAAUCAAAAUGCUUGCAUGUGCCAAGCCCAGUCAUAUCUGUCACAUGGAUAUACAGCUACAGAGUGGUUGAACUGUAUGAUUUCCUUCAGAGAACAAUGAAAAAAAGCAGGAAAGCUUACCUUUGACAGGGUCUACUUAAGGGAAAUAGAUGUUUACAGCACAAGUUGCCCGUAAUCAUCAUACCAGUUGUACCCAUAGAAAUAAACUAAUAAAACACCUAAAACAUCCUGCUCCCUUCUGUCAUUGGUGCUCAACUGGCUUCAGCUGUAAGACUUACUUUAAUAUAUCACAGCAGCUGUCUGUUUUCUGAAUCAUUGGGGAAGAGAAGAAUAACUGCAGGGGGAGCUUGUUCUAACCUGAAGGCACUACUCUUGCCACCUUAAUCCUGUUGGUCUUUAUGUCUGAGAGACAUGUAUCCUGAAUCAGUGUCACUCAGAGCAGGAUUCUUCUGGGAAAGUGAGAAGUCAUUCAUGAUUAGGAUGUCAAAAUUAAACUCUCUGUGUUCUCACUAUGGAUAUGUCUCAUUUAGAAUCCAAGAAUGUGUACGCUCCUUGCGUGCCUGCCCCACGCUUCUCUUGUUAAUCAGGUUUUGAUAGGAUACAUGAGUAUUGUUGAGAAAAGCAAGCAAAGUUACUUUGGGGGGGUCCAGUUUGGGUGCCCUCCUUUAUUCCUUGGAUGAAUGGUUUAGCUUUUCUGAACCUUUCCUUAUGACAGGGAAAGUGAAUUCUUACGGCCCCUUACUAAAUGUUUUGGUUAUUUUAGGACUAUGAAUGCAUAUCACUGCUUUUAAAAGUAGAAGGGGAAAGCACUUAUGUGGACAUACACAAAUGAGAUAGUUUCUGCAUUAUUAUUUAAUUGUGUAAUCAAUCUUGGAAUUCAUUAUAUAAAAAUGCUUGGAUUUCUUAAUUUUUAAAC